CAGUCAAUGCGAACACGACUUGCGGCCGUGUGCGCUCGUGUUCGCGACUGGGUGGCCUCGAGGUCUUUUUGCUUCCCAUUUUGUCUCGUGUGCGGCACGUCCACCGUGGUCCGCUGACGUUUCCGCUGUGCCAUCGCAUGGCCGACGUGUGCAUUCCGAGAUUCGGACUCGUAUGGUACUCGCCGUGUUACGAAGUGUGCCGCCGCUGAACAGGAUCAGCCCGCCGCAGGCCAUCCGUAUCGGUGCAUCGACCACACCGUAACGAUCCUUCGAAAAAAGGAAACCUGUUGUUGUACGCCGCCCGGAUUUUCCGUCGUCGACCUCUCGGCGGGCCACCUUGCCCGUCCAGGCUUCCCUCGUCGGCCUCCUUCCGGUCGAGACAGAGCGCGCGCGACAGCGAUAAAUCUUCAACAUCUCGAGCACCAGCGCACGCCGUAACGCCGCGACCACGCGUCCCCACGCGCACCAGCAGCGAUGUCGAACGAGGAGACCUCCGCCGACCGCAAUGUCGAGAUCUGGAAAAUCAAGAAGCUCAUAAAGAGUCUCGAGAUGGCCAGGGGGAAUGGCACAAGUAUGAUAUCGUUAAUCAUACCUCCAAAGGACCAAAUAUCAAGAGUGAGCAAAAUGCUGGCGGAUGAAUUUGGUACGGCGUCGAAUAUUAAAUCUCGUGUAAAUAGACUAUCUGUUUUGGGUGCAAUCACAUCGGUACAGCAUAGGCUAAAGCUAUAUACUAAAGUGCCUCCAAAUGGCCUGGUAAUUUAUUGUGGAACUAUCGUAACGGAGGAAGGAAAAGAGAAGAAAGUCAACAUUGAUUUUGAACCUUUCAAGCCUAUCAAUACUUCAUUGUAUCUUUGUGAUAAUAAGUUUCACACGGAAGCACUUACGGCGUUACUCGCGGACGAUAAUAAAUUUGGUUUUAUUGUGAUGGAUGGCAACGGCGCCCUGUUUGGCACAUUGCAAGGGAACACGCGCGAGGUGUUACACAAAUUCACCGUGGACCUUCCUAAGAAGCAUGGCAGAGGUGGUCAGUCCGCGCUGCGUUUUGCCCGAUUACGGAUGGAAAAGCGGCACAAUUACGUUCGGAAGGUGGCCGAGGUCGCUACCCAGUUAUACAUAACCAAUGACAAACCUAAUAUCGCUGGAUUGAUAUUGGCAGGGAGCGCCGACUUCAAAACGGAGCUUAGUCAGUCCGAUAUGUUUGAUCCAAGAUUGCAAGCCAAGGUUAUAAAGUUAGUCGAUGUAUCAUACGGUGGUGAGAAUGGUUUUAAUCAGGCUAUUGAAUUGGCAGCGGAAUCGUUGCAAAACGUAAAGUUUAUCCAAGAAAAGAAGCUAAUUGGUCGUUAUUUCGAUGAAAUUUCCCAAGACACCGGCAAGUUCUGUUUCGGUGUCGAGGACACGUUGAGGGCCCUGGAAUUAGGCAGCGUCGAAACUUUAAUUUGUUGGGAGAAUUUAGACAUUCAACGGUACGUUCUGAAAAAUCAUACAAACGCGGAAGAGAAAGUGCUUCACUUAACGCCGGAGCAGGAAAAAGAUAAGACCCAUUUCACCGAUAAAGAGAGCGGGGUAGAACUGGAACUCGUAGAGUGUCAACCGCUACUCGAGUGGCUCGCGAAUAAUUACAAGAGUUUUGGCGCCACACUGGAAAUUAUCACGGACAAGUCGCAGGAAGGGUCCCAGUUUGUCAGAGGUUUCGGCGGUAUUGGAGGGAUCCUCCGCUACAAAGUUGAUUUCCAGUCACUGCAGGCCGAUGAGCCUCUUGAUGAUGUUGACCUCGAUGAUUACUAAUUUCAUCCGUGAAUUACUCAGAAUCGACCAGCUUGCAUAUUUGGAAAGGUAUUUUGCGGUACAAGGUGGACUUUCAAAGUAUGCAACUGGACGACAUCGAAAUUGAUAGCUUUGAUUUGGAUGACUACUAAGUCCAUGACUCGACCGUGAUAUUUGGUUUCUCCUAAAUUCUGAGAGAGAGAGAGAGAGAGAGAGAGAGAGAAAGAAAGAAAGAGAGAGAGAGAAGGAAGGUCACGAAUGUAUUGUUUACUCUUGCACGAUGUCUCAAGGGAGAAGCAUAGAUGGGCAAAUUUCAAAAUUUAUUAUACGAUGCAGCAUGUACGAUACUGUCACGAAAUUAUUAUCUAGAAUUUACAUCGAGCAUCGAGCAGAGAUUGUAAUCGAAAUGCGAAAGAGAAUAUAGAGCACCAGCUGAUACGGCGCGGUUAAAUACAAUCUAUGUCUAGGAAAAAGGAAAAAAAAAGCGAUGCGAAGACUGUGACACUUAAUUAAGCCAGCUUGAUACCUGCCUACUCUCAUUGUAACAUUUACCACCUUGUAUUAACAAUUUAUGGUUAUUAAUUGUGCACACAAAGGAAUUCGUUUGAACAGCUACACUACAGCGCUCUACAGUGCCCGACACGAAUGUUGUACAGUGUACCGUGAUUUGGUCGUGAUUUUAUAUUAAAUUGAUGUUUGUCAUCUUAUCAUAGAUUUUACGAGAAAUGAGUAUUUGAGCUAUACAAGAGCGGUUGUAUCAUUAUUUUGUUCAGAUACGAUCAUGGAUAAAGUGCUGUAAUAAACUGACUAUUAUGAAACACACCAUUGCGUAUCGUGUAUUUACACUGAUCUGCAAAAUUCAUAACGAGAAAUAACGAGAAGAAGAAGAGUUCUGUAAAUAGAUGUCAAUUUUUAAGAACGGCACAGUUGCCUUAGACAUAAGUUGCGGUCGCGUCACACACGAUCCACGGAGUAAAUGAAUGAAUAUUUCCGUCUUAUGCAGUGAUACACACAUUGUAAACGUAAGGGCAGAUAUAAUUCCUCGCAAUUCUACUCAUUGCUCGAUUGCUGGCUCUUGACUCUUAGAUUUUUGUACAUUCACACACAAUUGUACAUAAGGAAUGCUUCGCAAAAGUGUAUUGAGGUAACUUUUUCAUUGUUAUAGUGGCGCGCACGUACAAUGAAGAGAAAGAUAUUCCCUGCAAUAUUUAAACGGCAGUUACUCUGAAAGAUAUUAUGAAAUUUAUUUUAACAUUGUUAAUUUAACUCGCUUAUUCGAACGAUGCCUUCGUAACAAACGAUACUAUAUAUAUACAUAUAUAUAUAUAAAUAUAAAUAAAUAAAUAUGGAAAGAGUGUAAACGUGCAAUUUUGGUGAAGUGUCGUUUAUGAAAGAGUGUACUGUAUAAAGAAUGUUCUCGAAGAAUAAUGAAUGUUUAUAAAAUUCUUUUCAUGAGAAAAAAAACGUGUCGUUAAUUAAUUAACAUAUUUACACUCUUCAUGCGAUAUUUACUUUGAUGUACAUCUUCCAGAGAUAACAAGAAUAGGCGCAUAAGAGAACUUCAUCAAAGUGGAACGUUUAAGAGAGAGAAAGAGAGAGAGAGAAAGAGAAUGAGAGAGUAUGCGAGAGAGAUCCAAUUUUGCGAUAUGUGCACAACGAAUUCCAAAACGUGAUGGCUCGAAGUAUUUGUAUCUGUGUACUGUCUCUCAAGACGCCCAGAUGUUAAUUGCCGGCUUAAUGUUUCUUCAAAUUUUUAUAUGUAAACAUUUUUCUUGCUAGGAGUCUAGAUAGUUAUUUAUUUCUAUACAUUGGGAAGACUACGUUUCUGCUUAGCGGAACAUCUGAUUUAAGUAUAGUAUACUUUAUAUAUAUAUAUACACACACACAUAUAUAUAUAUAUAUAUAAAGUAUACGAGAUAGUACAUUAAGGAUAUCAGUGAGUGAAAGAAGAGAGGAAA